AUGGAGUCCAAAAGUGAAGGCAAGCCCACCCUCAGCAACGUGUCUCCAAAGACCUUGCAGAUGGCGAGAUCUUCAAGCCCGGAGAUACUCUGGCUGAUGAUGAGGAACUCACCAUCGCCUUGGCAAACUAUGUCCCUGAUACGGUCGAAGAAAGAAAUCUUUUUCGCAAGAUUGACUUUACACUUCCUCCUUCUUUGUGUUGGAUAUCAAAUUACUACGUCUGCUGACAUGAAGACGCUAGACUACUCGCUCCUUGUGUACCUGUUCUUCGUCGGCUACUUCCUCUGCGAAGUCCCCUCCAACAUGAUCAUGAACAAAUGCCGCCCAUCAAUCUACCUCCCAACCAUAGUCUGGAACUACAAGGGCUUCCUUGCCGGACGGUUCUUCCUCGGCUGCAUCGAAGCUGGUCUCUUCCCUGGCGCCAUCUACCUUUUGACAUGCUGGUACACCAAGAAGGAAAUUGGCAAGCGAUUCUGUAUCUUCUACACAUCUGGCUGCAUCGCCCCAGCUUUGGGUGGUAUCAUGGCCGGUGCCAUCGUUAAAGGUCUCGAAGGAGUCCGGGGCAUUCCCGGCUGGCGCUGGCUAUUCAUCGUCGAGGGCGCCCUCACCGUCUUCUGCGGUUUCGGACUAUACUUUCUUCUACCAGAUUAUCCUCGAAACGCCCGCUACUUCUCUCCCGACCAGCGUCGCCUCGCGCAGAUUCGCAUCCUCGUCGAUCGGCAGGUCAGUGUCGGCAGCACGACACGCCGUAUGACUUCGUGGCAGGCUUUCAAGGCUGUUGUCACUGAUGGAAAGGCCUGGUUCUUCCUCAUCGCUUAUAGUAUCAUCAUCCUGGGCAUGUCGAUCUCAUACUUUGUUCCGACGAUUCUCAAGGCUAUGGGCUACACAAAGGCCACGGCGCAGUGGAUGACUGUUCCCAUCUGGAUCACCGGCGCCGUGUGUCAAUUGGCUCUGUCUUGGACUUCAGACAAGCUCCAAGAUAGAAGAUGGUAUAGCUGCUGUAUUUACGGACUUGCGGCUGUCGCAUGCAUAAUCUCGGCCUUCGUUCAUUCCGCCAUUGCCAAAUAUGUCAUGAUGUGCCUGCUUGUUGCUGGCCUCUACACCGGACUCCCUCUCAUGCUCAAUUGGACAAGCGAGUCGAUACCUUUUCCUGACCAGAAGCGCUUCAUUGCUAUUGCCUUUGUCAACUCAUUUGGCCAUCUGGCCAUUAUCUAUGGAAGCUAUCUGUGGCCCAGCACCAAUGCUCCCCAGCACUUGGUCGGUUUUGCGACUCUGACAGCUACCUGCGGCUUCGGAUGUGUUAUCGCGAUUGUUGCUCCAUGGUACUUCAAGCUUCUACCCAACGAGCCUGUCACCAAGGCCGAACGAGAGCUAGUAGCUCUUCAACAGCAGGACCAGCAAAGACAGGAGUCAUGAGUAUCCGCGAUGGUGAUCACGUCAGGUAGCAUGCUAGCAUCUACAGGGACCUAGCUAGACAAC